AUGGAUCGGUGGCUAAUUAAUAAUUCUGCUAGAAAAUCGAAUGUAGAAAAGGUUCCUCUUAGCUCAUCCAAAAGACCCAGUGCUAGUACGUACUCUUAUUCAGAAUCUCAGCACGGAACGAGUUUUCAGCCCAGUAAUUAUGUCGAAGAUCAGAAAGAACAAUUAGAUCCUCAAAGCCCUGCUAACCAAAUCAAUACUCAUCAGACAGAAGAACAUCUUGAAUUGAAACGUAUCUAUUUAGGUGUGGAUGCAACCCAUUUAUUAACAGAGGUGGAAAAUAAAGAAAACUAUGUGCACAAUGAUUCUUCUUUUUUAAACCCGAAAAAUGCCAAUGAUUUGCAACCUACAUAUUACUGUAGAUUUAACAGAGCUGGACAAGGAAUGGAGGAAUCAAAGUCUCCUUACAGAUUGUAA